GCCGCACUGACGCCUCCAUCGCUCCGCUGGUCCUGACUCCAGCGGCUCGUGAAGGUGAACCCAGGCCGUCGCUCGCCCUCCGUCGACCCGCCGCCUUGAAGCUUCUUCUCCGCCUUGUCACCCGCCACUCGAGAGCCAUGUCCAUAUUCAGCGAGGUCCCGCAGGCUCCUCCGGUCGCGGUCUUCAAGCUGAGCGCUGAUUUCCGGGAGGACGGCCACCCGCAGAAGGUGAACCUGGGAGUCGGAGCGUACCGGACCGAUGAGUGCCAGCCGUGGGUGCUGCCGGUGGUGAAGAAGGUGGAGCGGCUCAUCGUGGAGGACGGCAGCCUGAACCACGAGUACCUGCCCAUCCUCGGCCUGCCCGAGUUCCGCUCGGCCUCCUCCAAGGUCGCCCUGGGAGACGAGAGCGCCGCCAUCAAGGAGAACCGGGUGGGGGGGGUCCAGGCGCUGGGCGGCACCGGUGCGUUGAGGAUCGGCGCCGAGUUCCUGCGCCGCUGGUACAACGGCGUGAACAACACGGCCACGCCCAUCUACGUGUCGGCGCCCACGUGGGAGAACCACAACAGUGUGUUUGCCGAUGCUGGGUUCAAAGACAUCCGGCCUUACCACUACUGGGAUGCUGCCAAGAGAGGCCUGGACCUGGCCGGACUCCUGGACGACCUGGAGAAAGCUCCAGAACUCUCCGUCUUCGUCCUCCACGCCUGCGCUCACAACCCCACCGGCACCGACCCGACCCCGGAGGAGUGGAAGAAGAUCUCUGAGAUCAUGAAGAGGAGGAGCCUGUUCGUGUUCUUUGACUCCGCCUACCAGGGCUUCGCCUCCGGCGACCUGGAUAAAGACGCCUGGGCCAUCCGCUACUUCGUCUCCGAGGGCUUCGAGCUCUUCGUCGCUCAGUCCUUCUCCAAAAACUUCGGCCUCUACAACGAGAGGGUGGGCAACCUGACCGUGGUCGCCCGGGACGGGGAGAACUUGUCCCGCACCCUGUCCCAGAUGGAGAAGAUCGUCAGGACCACGUGGUCCAACCCGCCGUCUCAGGGCGCCCGCAUCGUCAGCAAGACCCUCAACUGCCCCGAGCUGUUCGCAGAAUGGAAGGGCAACGUGAAGACCAUGGCGGACCGAGUCCUGCUGAUGAGGGACCAGCUGAAGGCCAAGCUGCAGGCUCAGGGCACCCCGGGGACCUGGGACCACAUCACCCAGCAGAUCGGCAUGUUCAGCUUCACCGGCCUCAACCCCAAACAGGUGGAGUUCAUGAUCAAAGAGAAGCACGUGUACCUGAUGGCGAGCGGCCGCAUCAACAUGUGCGGCCUGACCACCAAGAACAUCGACUACGUGGCCCAGUCCAUCCACGACGCCGUGACCCAGGUCCAGUGAAGACCUCCGGCAGGCCUCCAGGAAGUGCCAUCUCCUCCAGGAAGUACCAUCUCCCCCAGGAAGUGGCAUCUCCUCCAGGAAGUGUCAUCUCCUCCAGGAAGUACCAUUUCCUCCAGGAAGUGCCAUCUCCUCCAGGAAGUACCAUUUCCUCCAGGAAGUACCACCUCCUCCAGGAAGUGUCAUCUCCUCCAGGAAGUACAAUUUCCUCCAGGAAGUGUCACCUCCUCCAGGAAGUACCACCUCCUCCAGGAAGUACCACCUCAUCCAGGAAGUGUCACCUCCUCCAGGAAGUACCUUCCCGUCUGUUCCAUCGUGUGUGAGACAUUACCCUUUAUGUCUUCAAGCAUUUAUUAAACAGAAACUUGGAAUAAUUAAAUUGUCUGACCGUAGCUCCGCCCCCAAAUGGCUGGAAGGUCUCACCCAGAAAUAUAUUGUCUUAAUUCAUGUCAUUAGCGACAUGCCCCCCCCCCCCCCCCCCUCACUCCUUUAACACAUUAAUAUAAAUGAAUAUAAGAGGCGCUUCAUGUGACGUUGUCUCUGUUGCUCCGAAGCCCAAAAUAAAUCUUCUUUAUUAUUAUUUUUAAACGACAAACCUCAUUUUAACAAUGAAAUGUGUGUAUUUAUGAAUGUCAUCGUUAUGCUGAAGGUCAGGUAAAGGUCACGGCGGUCGCAGGUUCCUCCGCAGACCCCAUGUGAAGGUCACACAAUGACCUUGUGCCCUCUCUCUCGCUCGCCCUCGCCGUGUCGCAGUGGGCGUCUGUCUGUCCUGGAGGUCAUGUGACCUCACACACUCCAUCUAACUAAUAAAUUAUAACACACAGGAACCCAGA